AUGGCCGCCGCUUUCGACGACGAAGAUCUCUCCGUUCCUCUUCCAUCAUUCGACCGCGAUCGCCGUCGUGAACGUGCUCCUGGAACGACUCCCCCGAAUUCGACUUUCCCUGGUGUGACCAUGCCCCCGCCGUCACGGCCGAUCGGAAGGGGCGGCGAUCCUUCGAUGCAGUCCCCUGCGACCACGAGGGAUAUGCAGCGCCUCGAUCAGUACCAAACCGUGAAGAUUUUAGGAGAGGGAUCCUUCGGAAAGGUGAAGUUAGCUAUUCACCAGCCUAGUGGUCGCCAGGUUGCCCUGAAGAUCAUAUCUCGGCGCAAGCUGCUCUCGAGGGAUAUGGUUGGACGUGUUGAGCGUGAAAUCCAGUACCUUCAACUGCUCCGUCAUCCUCACAUUAUCAAACUGUACACCGUCAUUGCAACUAAAACCGACAUUGUUAUGGUCCUAGAAUAUGCCGAACGGGAACUUUUCGAUUACCUGGUGAAGAGAGGCAGAUGCAACGACGCCGAAGCUCGCAAGUUCUUUCAACAAAUAAUCUGUGCUGUAGAAUACUGUCAUCGCCAUAAGAUUGUCCACCGUGAUCUGAAGCCAGAGAACUUGCUUAUUGAUAGCGAGAAGAACGUCAAAAUUGCUGAUUUUGGACUGAGUAACAUUAUGACAGAUGGUAACUUCCUCAAAACCAGCUGUGGUAGCCCGAACUAUGCAGCACCCGAGGUCAUCUCAGGGAAGCUUUACGCGGGGCCUGAGGUGGACGUCUGGAGCUGCGGAGUCAUUCUCUAUGUGCUUUUAGUGGGUCGGCUGCCUUUUGACGAUGACUACAUCCCAGCCCUUUUCAAGAAAAUCGCCGCUGGCAAUUUCCAUAUGCCUCCUUAUAUAUCUUCCGGAGCCGCUCGGUUAAUUAGGUCAAUGCUACAGGUGCACCCUGUUCAUAGGCUUACAAUCCCUGAAAUUCGCCAGGACCCAUGGUUCCUUCAAGGUCUCCCUAAGUAUCUUCAGCCUCCUCCGGAGGAAUUUAUCGCGCCGGGCGUGGACCCAAAUAAGGCCAUUGAUCCACGCAAGAUUGCGCCAGGGAAGCCCAUCUCUGUUCAACAAAAGAUCCACCAGGUUGCCAUUGCAAAGCUAGAAAGGAACAUGGGAUAUGGCCGCGAAGAUAUUGAAGAUGCAUUGAGAAAUCCCGAACCGAGUGCGAUCAAAGAUGCCUUCUUUAUUAUUGUUGAGAAUGAGAUGAUGCAAACAAACUCGCCCACUGAUGAGAAUCUGAUGCCUCCUGCGUCUCCGCCACCUUCGGAUCGGAAAUCACUCUUGUCAGCAGCAGCUGGCCGGACCGCUGCUGCUCAUUCACAAGGAGUUCCUCCUGGGCCUCCUACUAGAACUCGGAGCGGCUCACAACGUCAGCCUUUCCAACUACAUCAGCCGAGUGGUUCAGAUGACUUAGGAGAGGCACGCGUCAGCCAUGUUAGGAUCUUGCCCACGAGUUUACCUUAUGUUCAUGAUCAAUUGAUGGAACAGCGUGAGCGGGAACAAAGGGCUCGCGCUGCGGAUCGCUUAGCAGAAGAGCGGGCUCGGUCAGGCUUGGAUGCCCAUGAAGAUCCGCAUCGACCUGGUCAUGAUGGCAGCUCUUUAGAUGAACAGGAGGCAACGGCGAAGGCCCUGAAGCCUCAUGCUCGUAGCAUUGUCGAUUUGGAUAAACUGCGCCUUGAGCCGCCCGAAGCCCGCAAUGCCCCUCACCAGCCUAGGAGAACUCGGAAAUGGCAGUUUGGGAUCCGAUCUCGUAAUCAACCUUACGAGGCAAUGCUUUAUCUUUACAAAGCUAUCGCCGCACAGGGAGGGCGAUGGGAAAUACAACCAGCCGAGUCAGGCAAUCCAAUAGGUGACCAGACUGCAGAUGAACCCACACCGCUCCAAAGUAAAUAUCCUGACCUGCCCUCGGACUACUAUAUUCCAAAGGAUCCGUGGUUUAUACGGGCUCGCCUUCUCAAAGAAGGCGUCAAAGCUCCUGGCUCGUCUGCCAGCGUGCAAAGCAGCAGGAGUGAUAUUAGUGAACUUCGUCGGCGAUUCCACUUGAAUGCUGGGCCAUCCUCAGUAGAUGAGAAAAGCCACAGUCCUAACGAAUACUCAAGUACAUCAGGGCCGUCUUCUGCUUCACAGCAUCAUUCAAUCCAGCGUGUGUCUUACGGUGUCUGGGUUUUUGUUGAUAUCCAGUUAUAUCAAUUGGAGGUAAAUAACUACAUGGUGGACUUUAAGUGUGAUGGGUACCAAAAUGUGAUCCGCGCAGAAGGUGAUACCGAAUGGCACCCGAUUAGCAAAAGGUUCCGCGACCAGGAAAAGGACAUCACUAGCCCUUACCCAUUCCUCGAUGUUGCCUCGGACCUUGUGGCACAAUUAGCGGUCGCAAGCUAG